AUGGAGUGGAGGCAGCUCCUCUGCAUCACUGCCUGCGUGCUGGAGCUGGCUGGCUGUGCUGCUGCCGAGAGCACGACAGACACCCCCACACUGACAGCCACGGCCGUGGCAGCGAGGGACAGCAGCAGUGGGACAGGCAGCACUGCCAGCACUGCCACCACAGCAGCCACAGGAGACACCAGCAGUGCCAAAACAACCUCUGCUGAAGCCACAGCAACGUCUGUGGCCACCAGCCCGACAUCAUCAGAGCUCCUUGGGCAACUGGGGACGAGCUCCCAGCCCAGCCCAGCCCCAACAUCACUGCCAGGCACCCCCCUGGAGCCACAGGGGAGCCCGGGGGUCUCCACAACCCAGAGCCCCCCAGGGACACAGCCCAAGGCCAGCACACACACCUCCGGCCCCACGGUGGCCAGCACCAGCUCAGUGACCACCCCGGAGCAUCCUCCAGAGCCAUCUGCCAGCACAGCCCUGUCCACGGCCAGGACCGGCCCCGAGCCUCCCCUCCCUGCCAUCAGGUGCCACGGUGCCAGAGGCGAGGGUGACACCGGAGCCAUCUGCCUGCAGCUCAACGAGUCCAACACCUGCGAACAAUUUUUAGAGAUGAAGGGGUUGGAUUUAUGGCAAGCAAUAUGUGAAAAUAGAACUCACACCGUGGAGUCCCCCUGCGAGAUCAAACUCACUCCAUCCAGCCUGGACAGGGACUGUUUGCUCCUCAUCCUCAAAGGAGAGAAAGAUCCUGACAAACUCCUGAACACGCUCCAGAAGUCUCACUGGGAAAAGUUUGGAAUAGAAUCCCUUAAAAAGGAGAACACGAGGAGCCACCGGGACCCUUCCCAGAAGACGCUGAUUGCCCUGGUCACAUCUGGGCUGCUGCUGGCCUUCCUGGGCUUGGCUGGCUAUUUCCUGAUGAAGAGGCGCAGCUGGAGCCCCGCGGGACAGAGGCUGGCUGAAGACCCCUACUACACGGAGCACGGCAGCCAGGGGAACACCCUGCUGAUGACACCAUCCCAGGAGCCAGCGGAGCUGCAGGACAAGCCAAACCUCCCCAGCCUCAACGGGGCCACCCAGGAGAACGGGACUGGCCAGGCGUCCUCCAAGAACGGCCACUCGGGCCGGCAGCACAGCCCUGCUGACACCGAGAUGUGACCAGCCCAGAGCCACCAGAGGGACAGGCAGGGCAGAUUUCUGUGGACAGACACGCAGGGAAUUGCAGACGCUCUCGAUUGUUAUUAUUGUCUCUGUGAAGAACUUCAACAUCAGCCUAAAGCACAUUGAGGGUUAGAGCUGCUCCUCUGCCCCCC